GGUUGUGCUGGAUCAUUCACACCCCUGCUGUCCAAGCAAAGCAGAGAUGCUCAAACAGCACAGGGAACUAAGCAUGUCCAUUCGUCGUACGAUAGAGAAUAACGACGAGGCCGGUAUCAGACCAAGCAAAACCUACCAAUCAUUUGUUGCGGCUGCCGGGGGUCACCGCGAGUUAAAUUUCAUCGAAAAGGACGUGAGGAAUUACAUUACCAGGGAAGUGCGGAAUGUUUCCGAACAAGAAGAUGCAAAGGAAUUCGGGAAAUAUUUGUUAAGGAUGAAAGAGAAGAAUCCGAAUUUCUUUUUCGAGCUCCAACUCGAGGAGGAUCAAUCGAUUAAGCUGGCCUUUUGGGCCGACGCAAGAAGCAGAGCGGCCUGUGAGUAUUUCGGAGACGUCAUUUCAUUCGACACCACCUACAAUACAAACAGGUAUAAUUUGGUCUGUGGUUCUUUUGUCGGGGUGAAUCACCACGGCCAGUCAACACUUCUCGGAUGCUCUUUGAUGAAGAACGAAGAAAUUGAAUCAUUCAAAUGGUUAUUUCAAUGCUGGCUUCGUUGCAUGGGAGGAAACGCUCCGAAAGGGUUUCUCACCGAUCAGUGCGCAUCAAUGAAAAGGGCUUUAGAGGCCUGUAUGCCAACAACAGUUCACCGCUGGUGUAUUUGGCACAUCAUGAAGAAGAUUCCAAGCAAAUUAAACGGGUACAAGGCACACGCCGAUGUCGAACAACAAAUGAGCCAUGUUGUUUGGAACUCUCACAGCAAAGACUCAUUCGAUAGGAAUUGGAACGAUUUUCUGGUGAAUUUUGGUCUUGCGGACAACAAGUGGCUCUCAGAUCUGUACGAAGACCGUCACAUAUGGGUUCCUAUCUAUCUGGACCACCACUUCUGGGCAGGGAUGAGAAGCACACAAAGGAGCGAGAGCAUGCAUUCAUUUUUUAACAAGUACAUCACCCGUAACAGCUCGCUCAUUCAGUUCGUCAAACAGUACGAUAAUUGCCUCGGAAGCAGGGAGCAAGCAGAGAGAGAAUCAGAUGCUGCAGAUUUUCAUACGGUCAUACCAUGUGCAACCAAAUCCCCCAUCGAAACUCAGUUUCAAGAUGCGUACACCCAAGCAAAGUUUAGGGAAGUCCAAGCCCAAUUCAGAGGAAAGGCGAAUUGCAUCACCAGAUUAAAGAAUUCUGCUCUAGGCUAUUCAGUAUACGAAGUUGGAGAACAAGUUUCCAGCUCAAUAUUGGACAAGUUCGCGGUUACCUACGACUCAGUUGCAGCCGAGGUAAAAUGCCAAUGUUUAUUAUUCGAGUCGAGAGGGAUACUGUGCCGUCACGCACUAAGCGUGUUAAGCUUCGAACAAGUAAGCCAAGUGUCCCCUAGGUACAUACUGGAACGAUGGAGCAAGAAGAUAAACCUGUUUGAUGCUGCAUCAGCGGCGCAUUCAAGUAGCAGCCAAUACCAGGGACAAGUUAUAAAUUAUCAGUUCAGGGUACCAGCAGCAGGGGAUAACUCUUUGGGUGUAUAG